GGGCUGGCCACAUAUGGAGUAUUUUUGGUGGGGAGGGAGGGGGUGCCUGCAUUUGGAGUUGUAGGGGGUGUGAGCUGGAAAUUAGAGAGGGAGGGGGUCUCAUUUCAUAGACUUGGUUGGACCUUGACUCACUCAAACGCUGAACCACAGUGCACUGAAAGACAGACAGAGGACAGAGGGACAGAGGAAACAGGAAGAGAGAGCAACCUGUGAGAGAAAAUCAACAAAGUGAAAGAAAGCCAAGAAAGAAACAAAGAAAGAAAAGGAAGAAGAGUGAGAGGAAAGUGAGUGGAGAGACAGUGCUUCAGUCAGAACUCGAGAGCCAAAAUCUUUAACCCAACUGUUAAAGUAGCUGUCGCCAUGGCCCCCAAGAAGAAGGUCAAUCGUACAAAGAAGAUUGCCAUUGAGCCAGUUGUCACCCAGGUGACCACUGUUACUACUCAGAUGGCAGGAGGAGUGGUGGUGGUGGAGAGCGUGAAGAAGAUCGAGGAGAUGGCUGCACUGGAUAUCGUGCAGCUCAACCACCUCAACCUCCCCCUGCCCCCUCCCAUCAUGAAGCCCGGAGAAAAGGGCCUGGGUCUGGGCUGUGAGGUGACCCGCCCCCUCCACGGCAAUGCCCUGCUGGAGGAGCUGAGCCGCAUGCGCCAGGAGCGCUUCCUCACUGACCUGGAGCUAGCCUGUAAGACCAAGGCCUUCGACGUGCACAAGCUGGUCAUUUCUUCCGUCAGCCAGUACUUCCGGGAGAUCCUGGCCAAGGACCCCGGAAUGAAGCGUCUAGAGCUGUCCUCACUCUCCCCCCUCGGCCUGGCCAACGUGAUCACCUUUGCCUACCUGGGCCGCGUCCACAUGUCCCUGUACACCAUCGGCUGCACUGUGUCAGCUGCUGCCACCCUCCAGAUCCCCCAGCUGCUCCAGAUGUGCAUGGACUUCCUGCUGGCCGAGAUGAACGUGCAAACGUGCGUGUACGUGUGGAACAUCGCCGCCGCCUACGGCCUGAUUCCUGUGCGUGACGCAGCCCGCCGCUUUGUGCUGGAGAACUUUGUCGCGUUCACCGAGACGCCCCUGUUCAACCAGCUGACCCUGGAACAGAUCACAGCUUUCCUCCAGGAGGACAGCCUGCUUCUGCCAUCUGAAGUCACCGCCUUCCAGUUGGCCAUGAAGUGGCUGGACUUCGACCCUAAGCGUCAGGUGCACGCCGCCGAGCUGCUGUCCCACGUGCGCUUCGAGACCAUCCCUGCCAGCGAGCUGGUCAGCGAGAUCCAACCCGUGGCGAGGAUGAUGACGGACCCUCACUGCCACCGCCUGCUGGUGGAUGCCAUGAACUACCACCUGUUGCCCCACCGACAGAACACGCUGCAGUCUCGUCGCACGCAGGUGCGUGGAGGACAGGCCACCCUGCUGACUGUUGGGGGGCGUCCCUCCAUCACCGAGCGGGCACUGAGCAGAGUGGUGCUGUGGAGAGAUCCACGUGAGGGUGCGGCCACCUGGCGCCACCUGUCCCAGCUGCCCGCUAAGAGCUUCAACCAGUGUGUGGCUGUGAUGGACGGCUUCCUGUACGUGGCAGGAGGAGAGGACCAGAACGAUGCACGCAACCAGGCCAAGCACGCUGUCAGCACCCUCAGCAGGUUCGACCCUCGCUUCAACACCUGGCUGCAUCUGGCUAGCAUGCGCCAGCGCCGCACCCACUUCAGCCUGGUAGCCACCGGCGGGCGCCUGUAUGCUGUUGGCGGCCGCAACGUGGAGGGCCUGCUGGCCACCACCGAGAGCUACCUGCCUUCCUCCAACACCUGGCAGCUCAAGACGCCCAUGGAGAUGCCACGCUGCUGCCACGCCAGUGCCGUGCUUCCCUCCGGAGACAUCCUGGUGACCGGCGGCUACAUCAACUGCGCCUACUCGCGCUCCGUGGCCUGCUACAACAUUGAGACGGACACCUGGAGUGAGAAGGCCAGCCUGGAGACCCCCCGAGGCUGGCACUGCUCCUCCACCCUGGGAGGGAAGGUGUACGUGGUGGGUGGUAGCCAGCUGGGCCCCAGCGGAGACCGUGUGGACGUCCUGUCCAUGGAGGUGUUCUCCCCAGAGAACAGCGAGUGGAGCCGGGCCUCCCCCCUGCCCCUGGGUGUGAGCACGGCAGGCCUGUCGCCGCUCGCGGAACAACUGUACCUGCUGGGUGGCUGGAACGAGGCCGAGAAGCGCUACAAGGCGGCCGUGCAGAAGUACACCCCGGCAACUGACAGCUGGUCCAUGGAGGAGAAUCUGCCCGAGGCCACUGUGGGCGUGUCCUGCUGCACCCUGACCCUCCCACCCCGCCACACCCCCCGCAGGCAACAGCACCGCAACACCCCAGCAACCAAGGAGGAGCAGCUACCGCCACAGAGAGAGAGCAGUGUGGCCCCACAGCCCAUCACUGCCUAAGAGUGAGAUAAAAAAAAAAAGGGAGAGAGGAAUAUGGAAGGGAGGAGUGAUAGAGGUGGAGGAGAGAAGAGAGCUGUAGAUAGAGGAACAGAGCAGUAAAGGAAGGAAAAUUAAAGAUGGAAGGCAGAGUGAAUUAACUCCUAUACUGGUAUGACAACAGUACAUUAGGGAGUUCAAUGGAAUAGGGCCUAUGUGGUUGUUGAAUGUGAAUAUGACUGUAAAUUAAAUCAAUUUGCAGUAUGUUAUGUAUUGCAGUUAGUAAGGUGGAACAUGUAACGACUGUGGUGAUUACGUGUGUGUGUGUGUGGUUGCAAGAGUGUGAAUAUUCUGGAGUGAAUGAUAGUGUCUGGGUGUUCUACAUUAAGCCAUACAAUCUUAUGACAAAUAUUGCAAUAUGAUUUUCAGCAAAACGUUCAACAUUUCUCAUUAAAUACAAUCAGCGAAUAUAUGUAUAACAGUACUGUAAAGUAUGUUUGUCUAAAGUAGUUUAGCUCAGAAAAGUUUUAUUAUACAUCAUUUAAAAAUGUUUAAGUGCAAUGAAGUGAGAGUUGCUGUGACUGCUGAAGGAAGGUGGACAAGGUUAGAGGUCAAAAUAACAUGAUUACAAUGUCACCCACUGACGAACAAGUAGAGAAUGUCUGACAGGGCGAUAGCCCAGCAACCUGUGACCCUGACCUAUUCACAGGAAUUUCCACCUACCAGAAACAAAACAGCAGACCUUUGAUUCGGAAAUUAAAUGGAUGACCGUUUAGAUUUGGCUCAGGUCAUGUUUUGUAUCUAGGCCAUGGGUUCCAGCUCACCUGUGUUUGUUAUAGAGUCGACCUUUGCCAGCUCCAUCCAGGCGAUACAAUGACAAGCUACCAGGAAUCAGUAAAACGCCCAAAGAUGGGAACCUGCCUAGCAAAAAUUGGGGUCAAGUAAAUGAGGACUCAACCAUAAUGUAAUUGGAUGCUAAUUAGCCUUAUUUGAUUGGAGGAAUCACUCUGUGUUAGUCUUACUGAGAGUUGCUGGCACAGGGUAAGUGUAUGUUGGUGCUUUUGGCAUUUACAUAAGCAGCCCAAUUCAGAUCUUUUGCCCAAUUAGUAGAAAAAUAUCAGAAUUGAGCUGCCUGUGUAAACAGCCAUUUUCUGUCCAGACAAGCAAUUCCAGAAGCAAUGUAACACUGGUGUUUCACUGAAUAAAGCUAAACUGACCUAA